GGCCCCGCCCCCUAACGCGUCCUCCUGGGCGGCCGCUAUAACCCGCUGCUCGGCGGGCAGCUUCAGAGCCGCGCGACGCCGCCGUCCUGGAGCACUUUACCCACAGCACCGCUGGCAGCCGAACCACGCGUUCCCGUACACUCGAGCCUUUCCCUUGAGACGGCGGACGCCGGACGAUUGGGGCGGCAAUUUGCCAUUUCCUUUUUUUUGCUAAAAUUAUUUUUCCUGCCUAUUGUUGGGUUUUUUUUUUUGGUUUUGUUUUUGUUUUGCGAUUUUUGUUUAGCUGAGAAAACCCCACUGAAGGCGUUUUCGUGACGUCUCCGGGAUACGAAAGCCGAGACCACCGAGGCAGCCGCGCGGGCCGGUGCACUGCCAAGGACAAAAGGAGCCCAGUGUUGAUCGCUGUACCCUAUUUCCUCCCGGUGCCAGCAUGAAGAAAGCCGAAAUGGGAAGGUUCAAUAUUUCCCCGGAUGAGGACAGCAGCAGCUACAGUUCCAACAGCGACUUCAACUACUCCUAUCCCACCAAGCAAGCUGCUCUGAAAAGCCAUUAUGCAGAUGUAGAUCCUGAAAACCAGAACUUCUUACUUGAAUCGAAUUUGGGAAAGAAGAAGUAUGAAACAGACUUUCAUCCAGGUACUACUUCCUUUGGAAUGUCAGUAUUUAAUCUGAGCAAUGCGAUUGUGGGCAGUGGAAUCCUUGGGCUUUCUUAUGCCAUGGCUAAUACUGGAAUUGCUCUUUUUAUAAUUCUCUUGACAUUUGUGUCCAUAUUUUCCCUGUAUUCUGUUCAUCUCCUUUUGAAAACUGCCAAUGAAGGAGGGUCUUUAUUAUACGAACAGUUGGGACAUAAAGCAUUUGGAUUAGUUGGAAAGCUUGCGGCCUCUGGAUCAAUCACAAUGCAGAACAUUGGAGCUAUGUCAAGCUACCUCUUCAUAGUGAAAUAUGAGUUACCUUUGGUGAUCCAGGCAUUAAUGAACAUUGAAGAUACAACUGGACUGUGGUAUCUGAACGGUGACUAUUUGGUUUUGCUGGUGUCGCUGGUGCUCAUUCUUCCUCUGUCACUGCUGAGAAACUUAGGAUAUUUGGGAUAUACCAGUGGCCUUUCCUUACUGUGCAUGAUGUUCUUUCUGAUUGUGGUGAUUUGCAAGAAAUUCCAGAUCCCUUGUCCUGUGGAAGUUGCCUUGAUAAUUAACGAAACCGUAAACAGCACCUUAACACAGCCAACAGCUUUUGCACCUGAGAUGGUAUUUAAUGUGACUGAUGACGAUACUUGCAAACCACGUUAUUUUAUCUUCAACUCCCAGACUGUCUACGCUGUGCCAAUUUUGACCUUUUCAUUUGUCUGUCAUCCUGCUAUUCUUCCCAUUUAUGAAGAGCUGAAAGGCCGCAGCCGUAGAAGAAUGAUGGAUGUGUCCAAGAUUUCAUUUUUCGCUAUGUUUCUCAUGUACCUGCUUGCUGCCCUCUUUGGAUACCUGACAUUUUAUGAACAUGUGGAGUCAGAAUUGCUUCAUACCUACUCUACUAUCAUGGGAACUGAUAUCCUCCUCCUCAUCGUUCGGCUGGCUGUGCUAGUGGCUGUCACUCUGACAGUACCAGUAGUGAUUUUCCCGAUCCGGAGUUCCAUAACUCACUUGUUGUGUGCAGCAAAAGAUUUCAGUUGGUGGCGUCAUAGUCUCAUUACAGUGUCUAUUUUGGCGUUUACCAAUUUGCUUGUUAUCUUUGUCCCAACUAUUAGAGACAUCUUUGGUUUCAUUGGUGCAUCUGCAGCUGCUAUGUUGAUUUUUAUUCUUCCAUCUGCCUUUUAUAUCAAGCUAGUGAAGAAAGAACCUAUGAAAUCCGUACAGAAGAUUGGGGCUGUGUUCUUCCUAUUAAGUGGCAUAGUGGUGAUGACCGGAAGCAUGGCCUUGAUUGUUUUGGAUUGGGUGCACAAUGCCCAUGGAGGUGGCCAUUAACUGGCACCACUGAAA